UCAACUCGACCUCUCCCCCAUCGAGAGAGAGAGAGAGAGAGGGAAGGUCCGAGCUAGGACUAGGGUUUUGGUUUUGCCAGAGGAAGAGGAAGAAGAAGAAACAGAGAAGGUUGAGGAAGAAAGGGGAUAAAGUUAAGGUUUUCCGUGAUCAAAGGACUCUCCGGUGGUCAAUCUUCUUCCUUACAACGCCGUUUGGCUUCUUUACUUCCAUUCUGUUCUUUUUCGCAUUUACAUUUUUGGUUAAAGAACCGACUGCGUGGAACUAGAAGUUUCUGGCGGCGUUUGUUCUGGAUGACCCCCAAAGGACUGGUGUUAGGAUUGCUCUGAAGGCUGAGGGGAGAUGGAGGACGGUAAGCAUCGUUCUCGGAAGGAUGACUCGGAGAAGAAGGAAGAAGGGAGGAGUCGAGAUCGUGACCGGGAUCGCGAACGGGAGAGAGAGAAGAAUAGGGAUAGGGAGAAGGAUCGAGAGAGGAACGGGGAGAGGCAUAAGGACAGGGACAGGGCAAGGGAUCGUGAUCACCGGAGGGGAGAGCGCGAGAAGAGUUCGGAGGACAAAUACAGAGAGAAGCACAGGGAUUCCUCGAGGAAGGAGUCUGAGAGCGAUGGGAGGAGUAGCAGGCGUCGGGAUGAGAAGGAGCGGGCAAAGGAGAAGGAAAGAGAAAGAGAAAGGGAAGAGAGGGAGAGAGAUGAGAAGGAAAGAGCUAGAGAAAGGGAGAGGGAGAAGGAGAGGGAUGAGAAGGAAAGAGCUAGAGAAAAGGAGAAGGAGGAAAGGGAAAGAACCAGGGAGAGGGAAAGAGACAGGGAGAGGGAAAGGGUGAGGGAACGGGAUAAGCGCAGAGAUUCUGAAGACAGAGACACCGAAGAGAUGAGGGAUCAUGAGCGGAAAAGGCGGAGAAGGGAGGAAGACUCAGGGAGAGAGAGGGACCGGGAUAGGGACAGAGAAAGGGAAAGGAGUAGGUCAGAUAGGCACAAGGAAGAAAGUGAAGAGGAUGGUAAGAGGAGGAAAGGGGUUGAGGAGAUUGAGGGUAAGGAUAAGAAGAGCCGGGAGGAGCGUCUGGAGGAAGAACAGAGAAAGUUGGAUGAGGAGAUGGAUAAGAGGAGGAGGAGGGUUCAGGAAUGGCAAGAAUUGAGGAGAAAGCAAGAAGAAAGUGAAAGAGAGAAGCAGGGAGCCGAGAAAGCCGGGAAGAAUUGGACAUUGGAAGGGGAAGAAUCCGAUGAUGAAGAAGCCGUCCCUGACGCCAAUACUGAUGCACCACCAAAGGAUUCCGACAUGAAUGAAGUUGUAAAACCUGCCACCGGAAGCGAUGAUUUCAUGAUGGAUGAUUCUGAGAAUGGGACCGGGACGAACACAAACCAAACAGAACAAACGAAUGACGAAGAGGAAAUUGAUCCACUAGAUGCCUUCAUGAACUCUAUGGUGCUGCCUGAAGUGGAAAAAUUGAAUAGUGCAGUUGAGAACUCAGCGGUUGACAUCAAGAUGGAUGAAGGCGAAAACAAGUCUCUGAAGGAGGUGCGUAACAGUAUCAAGGAAAUAAAGAAGGGCCCUAAGAAAGGUAUGGGGAGGAUUCUUCCCGGAGAAGCUUCUGAUUCAGAUUAUGAGGAGCCUGAGGAUGAUGAGGUUCCUCUUGAAGAAGAAGAUGAUGAUGAAUUCAUGAAAAGAGUUAAGAAGACCAAGGCUGAGAAGCUAUCAAUUGUCGACCACUCUAAAAUACAGUAUGCCCCAUUUCGGAAGAACUUCUAUAUUGAAGUGAAAGAGAUAUUCAAGAUGACAUCUGAGGAGGUUUCUGCUUAUAGGAAACAACUUGAAUUGAAAAUCCACGGAAAAGAUGUUCCCAAGCCUGUCAAAACAUGGAAUCAGACUGGGUUGUCUACCAAAAUCCUUGAAGUCAUUAAGAAGCUUAACUUUGAGAGGCCGAUGCCGAUUCAAGCCCAAGCUUUACCAAUAAUUAUGAGUGGCCGUGACUGCAUAGGUAUAGCAAAGACUGGUUCCGGAAAAACUUUGGCAUUUGUGUUACCGAUGCUCCGGCAUAUCAAGGAUCAGCCUCCUGUGGUCGCUGGUGACGGACCCAUUGGCCUUAUAAUGGCACCUACAAGAGAGCUCGUUCAGCAGAUUCAUGGUGAUAUCAAGAAGUUUUCUAAGGUAAUGGGAUUGAACUGUGUUGCUGUAUAUGGAGGCUCUGGCGUUGCCCAACAGAUAAGUGACCUGAAGAGAGGAACGGAAAUUGUUGUCUGCACCCCUGGUAGAAUGAUUGAUAUAUUGUGCACGAGCGGUGGGAAGAUAACCAAUGUUCGCAGAGUUACAUACUUGGUCAUGGAUGAGGCUGAUCGGAUGUUUGAUAUGGGGUUUGAACCUCAGAUCACAAGGAUUGUUCAGAAUACCAGGCCAGAUCGACAGACAGUCCUUUUCUCUGCAACCUUUCCCCGGCAAGUGGAAAUAUUGGCUAGAAAGGUGCUAACAAAACCAGUGGAGAUCCAGGUUGGAGGAAGAAGUGUUGUUAACAGGGACAUAACCCAAAGGGUGGAGGUGAGACCAGAGGAAGAGAAAUUUUUGAGGCUUCUCGAACUGUUAGGAGAGGAAUAUGAGAAAGGGAAGAUUCUCAUUUUUGUUCACUCACAGGAAAAAUGCGAUUCGUUAUUCAAGGAUUUGCUAAAGCAUGGUUACCCAUGUCUUUCUCUCCAUGGUGCCAAGGAUCAGACAGACAGAGAGUCGACCAUUUCAGAUUUCAAAAGCAACGUUUGCAAUCUCUUGAUCGCAACCAGCGUUGCUGCCAGGGGACUGGAUGUUAAAGAGCUUGAACUAGUGGUGAACUUUGAUGUCCCAAACCACUAUGAAGACUAUGUUCACCGAGUUGGUCGAACGGGACGAGCAGGCCGUCCAGGUAAGGCCUUCACUUUCAUCUCCGAGGAUGAGGCUAGAUAUGCACCUGAUCUUGUGAAAGCCUUGGAGCUGUCUGAGCAAGUUGUUCCUGCUGAUCUUAAGGCACUUGCUGAUGGGUUCAUGGCAAAGGUGACUCAGGGAACGGAACAUGCACAUGGAACAGGUUAUGGUGGGAGUGGUUUUAAGUUCAACGAGGAGGAAGAUGAAGCUCGUAAAGCAGCUAAGAAAGCUCAAGCGCGGGAAUAUGGCUUUGAAGAAGAUAAGUCCGAUUCAGAUUCGGAAGAUGAAGGUGUUCGUAAGGCAGGAGCUGAUUUAUCACAGGCCGCUACAUUUGCUCAAGUGGCAGCUUUGGCUGCAGCUUCAAAAGCUGCAAUUACAACUGCUCCAUCGCCAGCAACCACAGCUCCAUUCCUUCCAAAUGGGGGGCUCGGUGUCCUGCCUUCUUUGGCCAUUCCUGGUCUACAAAGUCUGCCUGGAGCUGCAUCUCUUUCGGUGCUGCCCAAUGAUGCUGCUGCACGAGCAACUGCAUUAGCUGCUGCAAUGAACUUGCAACAUAAUUUGGCAAAAAUACAGGCAGAUGCCAUGCCUGAACAUUAUGAAGCAGAGUUGGAAAUUAAUGAUUUCCCUCAAAAUUGUCGUUGGAAGGUGACCCACAAGGAGACCUUGGGUCCCAUCUCCGAAUGGACUGGAGCUGCAAUCACCACCAGAGGACAGUAUUUUCCACCCGGUAAGAUACCUAGUCCAGGGGAAAGAAAACUGUACUUGUUUAUUGAAGGUCCAACAGAAUCAUCCGUCAAGAAGGCUAAAGCUGAACUGAAACGAGUGCUCGAGGACUAUACUGCGCAGGCAUUAUCGUUGCCUGGUGCAGGACAGCCAGGCAAGUACUCCGUUCUGUAGUGACUUUUUGGUAUAACACAUUGUUUCUCGUAUUUCGAUGACUUUGUCAAUACAAGUAUUAAGAUGGAUUUCGCCUUAAAUCUUUCCGUCUUAGUUCUCUUUUUCUGCUGUACUUUAAUUGUUCUAUUCUGGAUAUUAAGUUUAACCUCAUAAAGAUGGCUGCUUGAACAAGCUCGAUUUUGUUGUACCUUUCAAAUUUGAGUUGCUUAUCCCUGUUUUAAGUGAACGUUGGUAUGGUUUGAUGCUUGAAAUCACCCACCGAUCCACCUGCAAUGUCCGGGCCCACGAUGGAUGCUGUUCAGCAUGACAUAGCGUAGUCGUUAGGCGCCUCAUGUUGAGUGCUAUCCAUCUUGGAGUAAGGAUGGUGGAUUUUUCGGGUGUAUUAUACUUUUCCAUUUGUAGUCUAACAUCUACCAACUGAAAAAAGUGUGAACUUGAUUGUAUCAAUUGCAAGAGGGCACGUAUUUCUUUAACUUUACGAGUACUUUUCUGUGCUUUCUUCUUGCAUUUAUUUCUUUUUAUGCUUUGUGACCAAGGAGAAGAAGCGGACCCUUGCAUGGCUUUAUGCAAGUAUGCUUGCCUGUGUGCUAAUGGGAGUCAGGUCGAGGAAAAGAUGGCGGUCAUGGUGGUCUUUUGGGCUCUGCAAUCCAUAAGCGUUGCCGACGUUCUUCAAGCGUCAUGUCUCUCGUGUUGUAAAUUAAGUGGCAUUUUUUCUUUCAUGUCAAUGGACGUUGUAAAUGUUGAACAUGUGUCCACUGCCGUGGAUGCCUUUAUCAUAUGCUCCUCUGCUCCUAUACAAGUACUCCGUGAUUUUUUUUGUU